AUGUCUGGGGUUCCUCUCCAACCGAGCGGUGCCAUGGCACUCCGAGUGUCCGCGUCUAUGAUGGCUUUGGUGCUCGUUGCUCUUGGAAUCCGAAUCUGGGCUCGACUAAAGGCCCACAAGAGUUUUCUUCUGGAAGACCAGCUCAUCGUCGUAGCGAGUGCUUUGUUCUAUGCGGACCAAGCUAUCUAUCUAUACGGGGUGAUGGGAGAAGGGGCAUCUGGUGGAUCAGAGCCCACGAUGAUGCUGCCUCCCAUGCUGAAUCGGUACUUCCAGUAUCUCUUCGUCCAACAAAUCCUCUUCGUGCUGUGCAUCACCGUGGUCAAGCUAUCCAUCCUUGUCUUUUAUCGCCAUAUCUUCUCGACGAGGGCGUUUAAGCUGCUCAACUGGGGUCUCAUCGCCCUCUGCUCGGUUUGGGGUAUCACCACCCUCUUCCUGAUCAUCUUUCAAUGCAAGCCUGUCUACGCCAUGUGGACCUUCGAGUUGCAGAUGUCCCCCAUGGCGCAGUGCAUCAACUCCUCGAAGUUGAUUUUUGGGUUCGAGGUCACAAACAUCAUCAUUGACGUGGCGCUGCUAGUGCCCCCUAUUUUGAUGGUGCAGAAGCUGCAGCUGCGGACGGCCAAGAAGGCUAGUGUCAUUGCCGUGUUUUUGCUGGGCGGGUUCGUCUGCAUCACCUGCGCUAUUCGAUCUCACUACAUCUGGGACCCUGCCACGGGCCAACCGCGCUCCCUGCCUGCCGCUAUGGACUGGAGCACGGUGGAACUGGCCAGUGCCAUCAUUUGUGCCUGCCUACCAACGUACGGACCGCUGCUUAGCGUCCCGGCCCCCAUUCGCACUUGGACCUCAUCCCUGCUGGGCUCUUGGCGCUCUGUCAACAGCAAGAGCAAGUCCAAGAUGUCGUCCAAGAACGAGACUUUCGCCGACAGCCAACAUCUUACUAAAAAUGGUACGCUGCAUUCGACCUCGCAGUAUGUGCCGCUGGGGGAGGAUGGGGCCGAUGCGCCGGCUAAGGCGGCUCGGAGUAGCGAGACGUAUGAGAUGCGACCAUCGGAGAGGGGAUUUCAGGUUGUCUAG